UGCUCGCGAGCGCGGGGACCGGCCGAGCGCGGUGGCGGAGGAGAACGCGAGGACCGCGGCCCGGGGCCAAGCGCGGAAGACGCGCGGGGCCGGCGGCGCGCAGAGAUUCCCUCUCAAGCACUUGGUAGCUCAGCUGAGGAACUUCCCAUCCCUGAGGAGCAGUCCACUAGGAGAGGAAGAAGGGAUGGCGUGUAGCCCACCCAUGGCCUAAGGAGUCUGUGUAGUCCACAGCCUGUGGGACUGGGAGCCUCCGAGGGUGUGACUCAAGAAGAAUCGAUGCUUCAGCCCCCAGCGACAUGUACACGGUGUAAUGACAGGAAAUGACCAGAUUUGCAGAAAAACUGGUAGCCUGAAAUUUCAGACUAAGGCAUCAGUGCCUGGCUCUGGCUGAGAACAUGGCCCAUGGCAUUGAUGAGCUCAUCGGCAUUCCUUUCCCCAACCACAGCAGUGAGGUGCUGUGCAGCCUCAACGAGCAGCGGCACGCAGGGCUGCUCUGCGACGUGCUCCUGGUGGUGCAGGAGCAGGAGUACCGCACGCAUCGUUCUGUCCUGGCUGCCUGCAGCAAGUACUUCAAGAAGCUCUUCACAGCGGGCAGCCUGGCCAGCCAGCCCUACGUCUAUGAGAUCGACUUCGUGCAGCCUGAGGCCCUGGCUGCCAUCUUGGAGUUCGCCUACACCUCCACUCUCACCAUCACUGCCUCCAAUGUCAAGCACAUCCUCAAUGCUGCCAGGAUGCUGGAGAUCCAGUGCAUCGUGAAUGUGUGCCUUGAGAUCAUGGAGCCCGGUGGUGAUGGAGGCGAGGAAGAUGACAAGGAGGAAGAUGAGGACGAUGAGGAGGAUGAGGAGGAUGAGGAGGAGGAAGAGGAAGAGGAGGAAGAGGAGGAGGAUGAUGACACAGAGGACUUUGGGGACCAAGAAAACUUGCCCGACCCCCAGGACAUCAACUGCCACCAAAGCCCCUCCAAGACGGACCAUCUCACAGAGAAGGCCUACUCAGACACACCCAGAGACUUCCCUGAUUCUUUCCAAGCUGGCAGCCCUGGCCAUCUAGGUGUGAUCCGGGAUUUCUCCAUUGAGUCUCUGCUGAGGGAGAACUUGUAUCCCAAAGCCACCAUCCCCGACAGGAGACCCUCCUUGUCUCCAUUUGCCCCAGACUUCUUCCCACACCUAUGGCCAGGGGACUUUGGUGCCUUUGCCCAGCUACCUGAGCAGCCGAUUGACAGUGGGCCACUGGAUCUGGUCAUCAAGAACCGGAAGAUCAAGGAAGAGGAGAAGGAGGAACUGCCCCCACCCCCACCCCCACCCUUCCCUAGCGACUUCUUCAAGGACAUGUUCCCUGACCUGCCCGGGGGGCCUCUGGGCCCCAUCAAGGCAGAGAACGACUAUGGUGCCUAUCUUAACUUCCUGAGUGCCACCCACCUGGGGAGCCUUUUCCCACCCUGGCCGCUGGUAGAGGAGCGCAAGCUGAAGCCCAAGGCCUCUCAGCAGUGCCCCAUCUGCCACAAAGUCAUCAUGGGGGCUGGGAAGCUACCGCGGCACAUGAGGACACACACCGGGGAGAAGCCAUACAUGUGCAACAUCUGCGAGGUCCGCUUCACCAGGCAGGAUAAGCUGAAGAUCCACAUGAGGAAGCACACCGGUGAGCGGCCCUACUUGUGCAUUCACUGCAGCGCCAAGUUCGUGCACAACUACGACCUCAAGAAUCACAUGCGCAUCCACACCGGGGUGCGGCCCUACCAGUGCGAGUUCUGCUACAAGAGCUUCACACGCUCCGACCACCUGCAUCGCCACAUCAAGCGCCAGAGCUGCCGCAUGGCCAGGCCCCGGCGUGGCCGCAAGCCCGCCGCCUGGAGAGCCGCCAGCCUGCUCUUCGGGCCCGGUGGCCCCGCACCGGAGAAGGCGGCCUUCGUAAUGCCUCCUGCACUGGGCGAGGUGGGCGGCCACCUGGGCAGUGCAGCCGUGUGCCUCCCAGGGCCCAGCCCCGCCAAGCACUUCCUGACGGCGCCCAAGGGCGCCCUGAGCCUGCAAGAGCUCGAGCGCCAGUUCGAGGAGACACAGAUGAAGCUGUUUGGGCGUGCACAGCUGGAGGCCGAGAGGAAUGCUGGGGGCCUCUUGGCCUUCGCGCUGGCUGAAAAUGUAGCUGCCGCGCGGCCCUACUUCCCACUCCCUGAUCCCUGGGCUGCAGGCUUGGCCAGCCUCCCUGGGCUCACCGGCCUCAACCACGUGGCCUCCAUGUCUGAAGCCAACAACUAGGCCGGCCCUGGGAGACCUGGCCCACCAGCCCUGACCCCCUUACCAUGCCUGAGCUGCCCCAAAUAGUGGCUGUGAACUUCACAUUUUACAAAUACAAGGGGAAGUGAACCAGUACAUAUUUGCAGCCAUGGUAUUUUCAGCACCUCCCUUUUACUGGUGUCAGAGAUGGGCACCACCUCCCCAUGGGCCUGGAGCCUGAGGCCUCCUGUCUCUGGUUGUCUCUCUGUCUCACAUAGAAAUUUACAGUACCCAGGCCACAGCAGAGGGCCAUAUGCUGGUACCCAGAGCAGCUUGGAGCCCUUGGGUCUGUACGGAGAGGGUUGUUCCUCUUGGAGUAGGCAGGAUGGAGGAAGAACAAGAGUGGAGUCUUGGGCACACAGCUUAGUUGAGUCCCACUGUCCCAUAGGAAUUCCUUCCCUCACUGCUCUGGGGCUCAUCUUCCAGUGCCCUGAGGUCUGGGGUCCUUCAGUGCAGUGACCAUCUGCCACAUAGAAAGUGGUCCCAUUGACCAUGAGACAUCUGCGGACAAGGAGCCAUUCCCUGGAGUGCAGGUCUAUGUUUCCCUUACCUGUCCUGUGAGUUUGAACACAUCAGCCCUCUGUGCCUCUAUGUCAACUACUAUGAAGGGGUUUGGUAAUUUAGGGUCCCCUCCCCUGGCCCCUGCACCUACAUAUGUCUGUCCUCUACAGAGCAUCCUGGAGCAGUAGGAACUUUGCACCCCCAUUUUCCUGGACAAGUUUCUCUUACUGAGUAUUUGGUUUUAUUAUUUCUAUCUCCACCUUAAGAUAUUAGCCCACUCAAGAAAUUUGACCAAACUAGAUGAGGGGGUGCAUAUGGGGUGGGUGUCACUCCUUAUCCAGGGCCCACAGGCAGACCCGGAGGACUCCAUGCUGCCCCACUUUCUGCAAGCUCUGUUUGGUCUACAUCCCUGGGAACACUCAUCAGUGUUUGCCCCCCUCACCAAUGCCCUCUUCAAUGCUGUACAGAGUCUCUUGGGGUUCCUGGGGCCAGUAUCAAAGGAACAAGGCCAGACACUUGACUGACUCCCAAGCCUAGACAAAGCACCUAGCUACUGGGGCUUCACCUGUUUGUUUCUCAAGAUACAGGUUCCUGCAGGACCCAACCUUCAUGGUGGUCAUCUCCUUUCCAGUGUUCCAGCCUCUUUCCAGCCCUUCCUUCCACCCUCUGGGGAUGAAGUUCCAGUAUUUGGCUUCUCUCUGGGCAGAAGGGCUCAGUGUGGGGCAGAGGCUUGGGGUUUACAGAGCCUCAAGGCUUAGGACAUAUGCCAUCCUAGUCUGAGGCUGAUGGCAGCAGGUCCUGAGAAGGAAGCAGCUCUGUGGCCCAGGCCUCCUAGCUGUGCUCCUCUUUCCUUCCCUCCCUCCUUUUCCUAUCUCAGUCUGCUUUGACUGCUCAGUAUCCAGGAGAGAAAAGUGCACCUGCCCAGAGAGCCCGGAACCAGAGUCCCCAGUCCCCAUGCUGUGGCACAAGAGCUUGGCUCUUCUUUUUGCCUUGGCUUAUUUUCCUGAGCAAACACAAAAAAA